AUGUCACUGAUUGUCAUGAUGCUCAAUGGUUCCACUAUAACCUCUCCAGCGCCAUCGCAGCCUGGUUUUUAUGUGUCAAUGGAAAAUUCUGGACCAGUUUCAGGGACAGAAGAUUCUGUCUCUGGAAUAGCCCAGACAGAUGGACUUGGCCAAAUUGAAACUGCUACACCUGAAACAUUUUACCGAGGUUACUAUAUCUCUACUGUGGGCCUGGGCCAGAACCUCAAUCUGGUUUAUGGCCUCAAAAACUGUCCAGGUUUUACCCCCAAGGAAGUUUGCCAUAACUGUGCAAAUUCUGUAGCUACAAAAAUCAUCCAACGGUGUCCUCACCAGAAGGUUGCUUUUGUAUUUAACGAGAGUAGUUUGCUACAGUACUCGGACUUGCCAUUUUUCUCAACUGCUGACGUUGCUAUAAAGCUUGUUUUUCUUAGCCUUCAGAAUGCUGAAGACCCGGUUCUUUUCAGGAGUCAAUUAGGAAGUUUGCUUGGGAACAUCUCAUCCAACGCUGCCGCUGAUACUUCAAGAUUAGCAGAUGGAAGGACUAGUUACACAAGUUCUAUUGAUAUAUAUGCUAUGCUUUCGAGUAAAAGUGUAGCUUCUUGGGUAUAUGCUCUCAGCUGCAGUAUUGGCUACAAGAUAUAUUCAUUCUUUUCAUUGUCAAUGCUGUCACCUCCUCCUCCUCCUCCAUCAGUUCAAUUCAACUCAAUUCAACUGCAACUGUUUGUUGGUUGUUGUGCCUUUGCUAUGCCAUUAGAUGUCUCCAUGCAACCUGAAAUCUCUGAUUUUGGGCUGGCCAGGCUUUUCUCGGGAAGUCAAACUCAAGGCAAUACCAAGCGAAUUGCUGGGCUUAGUAAUGGUUACAUGGCACUGCAGUACGCUAAAAAGGGGCACUUUUCAACUAAAUCCGAUGUUUACAGCUUUGGUAUUCUGGUUUUGGAGAUUGUCACGGGUCAAAAGAUGUCUAGUUUCCGUAAUUCAAUAAAUCUUCAAAGCUGUGCAUGGCGACACUGGACUAACGGAACAGCUUUAGAGUUGGUGGAUCCUACAUUAGGUGGGCAAAGGCCAGAAAAUGAAAAUUUGAAGUGCAUCCACAUAGGGUUGUUGUGUGUUCAAGAAGCUGUUGCUGACAGACCUACAAUGUCACAGAUUGUCAUGAUGCUCAAUGGUAACACCAUGACCUCUCCCACGCCAUCACGACCAGGUUUUUACAUGCCAAGGGAAAAUUCUGAAUCAGCUUCAGGAACAGACGAUUCUGGUUCAACUCAGUUGCCAGUGUCAUCACAACAAUCUAUAAAUUGGGUUUCGAUCACUGAAUUAUAUCGUCGGUAG